AUGACAGCAUCAAAAACAACAAUCUUCAUCGUUUUCAUCCUUUGCCUCUCAGGCACAUUGUUGGUGAACGUCUCUGGACAACGCAUCGGAUCUUCAUGCUCGACAUCAGAAGAUUGUGAGUUGAUGUGUUUUGGAGGAUUAGGAGGAGGACGUGGGGAGUGUUGGCUCGGAGAGUGUAGUUGUUGGGAGCGAAAAACCGAGACCAAGCUGGCUGGGUGCAAAACUAAUCGUGAUUGUCCCCCUUCUCUUGAAUGCCCGAAAAUCCACCAUAACGUCUGUGUUAUUGGAAAAUGUAUUUGUUUACCAGCAUAA